CCAGGCCCGAGACCCUGUGUCACAAAAAAAACGUUUUAAAAUUCAAACCCAUUGUAAUGUGGACAACAAAUAACUUAUUCAGAAGAGUACUUAAUUGCACACAUUCUAAGUGGUGAUUUACUCAGUUUGAACGAAAGUGUAAUAUUUUGGAGAUUUUUCAUUAUUUUCAAUAUUUUGAAGGUUUUCGUUCAAUGAAAAAAUGGCAAAUUUCAAAGCCCAAAAUCGUCGACUGGUACCCCGAUUUCAGUAACGAGUCUUAUACCACGUUAAAGAGCGUUAUCUCUUCUUUUAAAAUCUGUUUUCAAAACUACGGGCAACUUAAAAGAAAAUGUUUGAAGCCAAAACAUACAAGUAGUACUUUUCUGAAAUUUGAGCUUUCCAGACGCGGCGGGCCGAUGCUAAAAACUUGGAAAAAUACAGUAAGAAAUCCGUUUGAGCAAUAGUGGUUUCAUGUUAUCAGCUAUCAGAAACCAAGACGUGUUUAUACACCGAUCUGAUAUAAAUUAAUGCCGUUUGCUAUCAAGAAAGGCAGAUUUAAGCUGUCAACUCCUGCCAAGUGCACCAGUCACGUGAAGUUGUCAAAGGGAGGGCAAAGCACUAAUAUUAAAAAGUCUUAAAAUUCAAAACGUUUUACGUCCAUGAAAUCAGAUUUUAGCGUACAAAACAAUGUUGUGAAUGUCUGUUGUUCGUACCUUAGCAUGGUGUUUCCAUAUAUUGGAAAUGUCAAGUAUCCACACGGGAGAACAUACCAAACACAACCUUUCAAAUCCAAGCGCCGAAAGAUCGUAAACGGCAAAGAUUGCGUUACAUUUCACAGAACGACCGCUUACCACUGUUCUCACUCCUUUUUUCGCUGGAAGCUACGAGGAGUUUUCAUUCCGUCAUGAGUGAUUCUUGAUCAGCGUUUCCUUUAAAGUACGACCCCGGACAGGUUAUAACUGAGGACGUUUCGUCAAGACUCCUGUUGUUCAGUUUCAGGCUUUAGCAGGUGCGUAGUCAGGAUUUUUCCGGAGGUACGCCCAGCUUUUUUCUACAUCUUCUUCCCCCACCCCAAAUCUCAACAUUUUUUUAAGGUGCCUUUAUUAAAGGUGGGGUUAACGGUUGUAAGCAAAAGCAUUUUUGCUGUUUAUGAAAUGACACAACCUCUAAAAUUCUUUAAUUCUGUCGGCUUGUUAUGUUCAUUGACGUCAAGCGUUUAUCAUUAAUUCAGCUAUUAAAAAUCAAGCUUGUAGUACCUCCGACUUUAGUUUACAAAUGACUCUUUUUACCCCUUUUUGUCAAAUUAUUUUUGACCGACAAAAGACAUAUUGACGUAAUUGUGCCCUACUUCGUCUACUCCGAAGACAGGUCGUGGAGAAAACAACGCGUUCACGCUUUACAUCAUCAAGCUUGCUUUAUACGUAAAUCAUCCAAGAUUCGGUUCUCCAAUUAAUGUCGUCGCUUCUCUGGCAACCGAUUUUUUUUAGUUAUGUUUAUUUCAUUCUAUUUUUUUUUCCUCAACGUUUUCGGGUACGCACGUGCAAACCGUGCGUACAAGUAGCUACGCCCCUGUUUAGUCUCCUUAGCCCUGAGCGUUCCUCUCUUGCGGUUUUCGCGGGAGUUCAGGAUGUGGUCCACCCAGUAUUUCACGUCUCUUUUAAAUGAGAGGCAGCACUUCUUGUUUACCGUUUCGUUAUCAGACAGCGCUUAGACUCUUAGCCUUUCAUUUAAUUUUGAUCAAAUUUUUAUCAUUUAGUUACUCAGUAUACGUUCGAUCAUGUCCUUGUAAACUUAUACUUUUAUACUUUAAGGGAGCAGUCGUCCAAAAGACCCAGUUUUUUGGCAUUUUUUAAAAAAGCAAGAAAAAGAAACGACAAGGUUUAUUUUUUUUGGACUUAGAUUUAUUCUUUUAAUCCAAAAAAUUAGCAUUAUAACAUCAUUUCGAGGCAUAAAACGUUCGGUGGUGUAUCCUCUUUGCUUUUUACCCUUUUCGGGCCUUUUUUUAUGAAAUUGACCAUCAAAUUUUCCGCCAUAUUGAGUUUGUGUCGAUUUGGUGACCAAGUCUUGUUGUUUUCAGUCUCCACGGCAAUGAUGCUGGUGUUUCAGGCCUCCCGUUCUCAGAUUUCUUGUGAUUUUUUUUUUCACCCCACCGACCGACCCACCAAAACCAGGAAAUCUAUUCGACGUUAAACGAACGAAAAGGGGAUGACCUAAGCCUUAUGGUUUCUUUUUGGGCUUCCUCACCAAAUUGCUUCUGCGUGUUUCUGUAUACUUGUCUUUUACUUUGUUUUGUUCUUUUUGUAGGAAAAAUAAACUGAAACUGUACAAAGACCCUCAAUAUUCCUUUGGAGGUUCUCGAACGCGCAAAAAAAAAAUGAAAAACGCGAUGAUUUAUUGACCGCAAGGGCAAUGGGGUGGGGUUAGGGGCUCGUUACUGCGCUCCGGUUCACUCGUACGCUGUCAAAUGGUCCUGAAAUACAAAAUGAAAAAUGACUGUGGACAGACUAUUCACGUCUAGACAUCAAGCAUCUUUUAAGAUGGGACUUAUCGCCUCUCCCUGUUCAUGGAGUUGAUUCAAGGUGUUGACGUUAAUUUCGUGAUGCCCUACAUGUUGCCAGGACAUGUUUCAAAAGGGCCUUUCCAAAGGUACGGAGUCCGCCGUCACCUUGUAAACCGUGCGAGAAAUGAUGUACUUCACAAAAACAAAGAGAAGUUAUUUUCGAUUUGCCCCGCCCCCUACCCCCGAAAGUCCCCGACAGGACCGCUUCAAAGUACUCCCCAUGUGUUUGCGCGGGGGAUAGUAACAGGUCUACCUAAUUGCACCGUGCAUCAAUGACAGUUUAGCUGGCUAGUUCAAGGUGAGUGCACCUCCUUUAAGGUGUUGUUUUCGGUUCUUACUGAAAUUUUUGAUCUUGAGGAAAUUCACAACGACAGGAGCAGGUUAUGGGCUUUUUUCCUAGCCAUAAUCCUACAUCACGGAAAAUACCUCAGGUUAGGCAAGAAUUCGACAAUCCUUCCAUAAUCAUCCAUUUUUUCACCUCGUGAAUUGGGCAUUUUUAGCUUAUUUCGAGGAAAUACUUUUUGCUUCAAAUCCAGGGUGGGCUUUUAAACACAUUUUUUAAGCCAAAUGGUUUUUGCGAGAAUCUGCUUACCCGAAGUUUUCGCAUAAAAAAGGACAAAUACCCGAAAAAAAGCUCAUGUGGUGGUAGCAUAUUUCCGAUAAAUUCAGCUAAAUGUCUCGUGAAGAAGAGUUCAGAUCCGUGCCACGCGCCUCUAGAGGCAAGCUUUCCGUCGAAAUGCGAGCCCAAAAACAGGUGGUAAGCGGUCAAUCUGUGAAAAGUAACGCAAUCUCCGUCGUUUGAGAGCAGCCGAAGAUGCUCUUGCCGAUGCUGUCCUUGAUGUUUUUUAUUUCCAGUAUCUAGGAAACUAAUGCUAAGGUAUGAAACAUACACUCGUAGGCACUGUUCUGUCCGCUAAAGUCUAAUUUCUGGACGCAGAAACGUUGUGCUUUUUGAAGUUUAUUAUUGUGCUUUGCCCUUUGACAACCUUACGUGACUCGUGCGUUUGGUAGCAGAAGAUGGCUAAACUCUGCUUUUCUUGUUGGAAAACGGCUUUAAAUUUUAUCAGAUCGCUCGAUAAACACGUGUUGGUUUCUGAUAGCUGAUAACGUUAAAUCACUGUUGCUCAAACUGAUUUCUUAUUGCAUUUUUCUGAGUUUUUAGCGUCGACCCGCUGAGUCUGGAAAGCUCAAAUUUCAGAAAAGUACUACUAGUAUUUUUUGGUCUCAAACAUUUUCUUUUAAGUUGCCCGUAGUUUUGAAAACAGAUUUUAAAAGAAGAGAUAACGCUCUUAAACGUGGUAUAAGACUCGUUACUGAAAUCGAGGUACCAGUCGACGAUUUUGGGCUUUGAAAUUUGCCAUUUUUUCAUUGAACGAAAACCUUCAAAAUAUUGAAAAUAAUGAAAAAUCUCCAAAAUAUUACACUUUCGUUCAAACUGACUAAAUCACCGCUUACAAUGUGUGCAAUUAAGUACUCUUCUCAAUAAGUUAUUUGUUGUCCGCAUUACAAUGGAUUUGAAUUUUAGAACGAUUUUUUUGCGACACAUGGUCUCAGGCCUGGAAAACCCGGUCCGAGAGCCGCGAAACCAAUAACCCCCCCGUACGUGGAAAAUAAUUAUCGGAUCGAAGUAAAAAUUACAUUUAUGUUAAUAGCUUACCUAGUGCUACUUUGUGAAUUUUUUUGAGAAUUUUCGAUUUUUCACUCUUGUAGACCUCUGGUCGAUAUUUACUGACAUCCGCUCUUAAAGCUCUUGAUCAGUUUCACUUUUACUUUUGAAAUUCUUGAUUUUAUUUAGAAUCACGACUCGCAAACCUGUUUGAACCCAGAAAGUGCUCCUCUUCCAAAUCACAACAACCAAACUUGUGAACCCAGGCCUCUGAGUCUAACGGAGCAAACAUGGAACAAAUUACGCACGAAUACAGUGGCGAUAACAGCUUGGACAUGGGACGGAGUAAACAGGGCAUCAAAAGCAACUGUUGACUUUGUGGCGACAAUGACCUGUAAAUUUUGCGGUGGAGUUAAGCUUACGACAGAGUGGAUCUUUGACAAGGUGCCGUUUAUGGCUGGGUGGACCACGUGGCAGCGAAUCUUGUGGAUGGCGCGGUGGACCUGGGACAAUGCAACCGAUUUUGCAGAGUGGACUUGGUGCCAACUCACUCACCUGGCUAACGGAAUUUGGGAUACGAUUGCACGGAUGAUUAAUUUCUGCUUCACCUCGAUUUUCGCCUUCAUUGAUAACGUUUCUGAGCUAUACACUGUAUACUUGAAGAGUAAGUGAAGAUCCUGUUUGUAAAUAACAAUUACAAGCAAUUAACAAUUGACUAGCCACCGACACUGAGGUGAAUAAUUGUUUUAGUAUAUACUAAAACAGUGAGAUAAUUGAGCAAUACUGUUGCCAACGAUUACAAUUUUGGCGCGUAAUGACCGGGCGGCCGCGGCCGUCGCUUUUUCUUGCCGACAAUUAAAACUUUUGAAGGCAUUUGUUUAGCUCUUGCGGGGAAAUUUCUUCAAAUGGAGUUGUGAAUUCUUUUUGUAUUUAAAAUCAUUCUAUAAAAAAAGAUUAUUAAAUUUAGUUUUAAGCUUAUUUAUAAACAACUCAACUAAAUAAAGUAACCCAAGACUUAAAACUUAAUUUGCAUUUGUAAACAACAAACUUUUUCACCGGUUUUAUCGAUAAAUUCGUGUCAAAAAGACAAAGCUUUACCUGUUAAAACUUCCAAUCCGACCUUCGUCACCUUCUUCGUGUAUUUCGGAAACAGCUUGCUUGAUUAGUUAUGAAAUUUCUUUGUUUGUUUACGGCAGCAAACCGGGAAGGCAUUUUGCUUGCAACUUACGUGAGUUUGGCGUCGCUCGCUCGGAGGAACUGGAGGUGAAUCAGUGAAUAGUGCAGGAUAGUCACUGAUUGAGUAGCCAAUCAGAGCGCUCGAAAAACACUAUCCACUGUUUUAGUAUAUACUAAAGUAAAUUAUAUCGAGCACAGCUUGACCGUAGUAGCUAAAGAAACACUUCACUGAAACUCAGGGAGGCAUUUUCGGGGUCUGCGAUACGGUGCGGGAUUCGGAAAAACGAAAAAUGUCUCGAUGAGAAACGGUAUUUUUUUAUAUUAAAAAAAGAAGCGAGAAUGUGAGAUCAGGACCUCUCUCCGCAGAUACUGCAGACUGUAUUACUAUUGCCUGGUGAUCAGUACCCUGGGUACCAGAGGUUUUUUCUCGCGUGCGACGGGGAGCUUCGCUUCGUCGGCUGCAGGCAAACACGUGUUCGGCCGAAGGCCGAAGACUCGAGAGGUUCGCGCAGGUCACUUUUUAAGACUUGACCGAAACUGGAAACCGCGCAUGAAGGGCCUCUGGCACCCAGGGUAGGUGCUCAGUCAAACGCCAGAUAAGACUUUCUUACCAAAACAUAACAGAAACUCUCAGAGGUUGUGUGCUCAACUCGCCGUACCCGUCUAAUCUAAAUGAUUUGGAAAUUUGCUGAAUGUAACGUAGGCUGCUACACAGCCGUUUUUAGAGUCGUCGCGCAACGCUCCUCCCCAGGAGCGUUGCGUGACGACACUAAAAACGGCUGUGUAGCAGACUAAGUGUAAAGAUGUACUGUUUUGUUAUCCACAGGUCACGUGACAUACAUCAGAUCCUUGUUUGGUGGUAUUACCAGACAGGAAAUAAUCAGAACACUGAUUACAAGUUUUGUGUUGGUUUCUACCCUGCUCUUCAUUAACAAGACGAUCAGAUAUGUGAUUAGGAGACGAAGGUAAGUGAGUCCUGACUUGCACUUUUAAUUGAAAUAAAUGUACAUGGCAAGUAGAUCAACUCACAAAACACGACAACAGAAUUGAUCCUCAAGAAGCACCACUAGUUUGUUGUUUAGGGAAUUUUUUAGGGUAGUUUCCGUACAUUGUCCGUAGUCCUUUCGUUUUUGACCUGAACAUCAAAUCAUCAGUCAUCAUUUGUAAAACGCUUUGUAGAGAAAUCAGUUUUUUGUGACUUGCUCAAAACGUCCAGUGACCUAGAAAUUAAAUAGCCUGAGAAAACAGCCGAGAUUUGGCAAAGCUACCACUGGUUUCCCCGCCAAAUGACGUCUGUGAAACGAAAGCAGAAAUUCCAUACUGAUGACGCGUCACUACCGAGAUCUCGGUAGUGCUUCUGAUUGGUUGAAUCAAAUUUCCCACGCGGCACGACAUGACGCGUCAUCAGUAUGGAAUUUCUGCGCUCGUUUCUCAGACGUCAUUUGGCGGGGAAACAAAAGUCGGCUGUUUUCUCAGGCUAGAAAUUAUACAAUAUGAUAAAGGUGCAGUCUUUCUUAGCACAAUUGACAGGACCCAGAGAUGAGUAUGAAUUUAGAUGACGUCAGUGGUGGAGUCAGCCUGAGAAGGCAGUCGACAUUUCGCGACACCGCCACUGGAAACCCCGCGAAAUGACGUCCGAUCCAGAAGCUAGCGCAGAAAUUCCGUACUAAUGACGCGUCACUACCCAGAUCUGGGUGGUGCUUCUGAUUAGCUAAAGCAGCUUGACCAGUCAGUAAAACUACCCAUACCUCGUUAGUGACACGUUAUCAGUAUGGAAUUUCUGCGUUUCUCAGACGUGAUUUCGCGGGGAAAUCUGUGGCGGAGUCGCGCAAUGUUGGCUGUUCUCUCAGGCUAUUGCUAGGUCCAAAAUGUCAAUAUACAGUGGGGGCGGGGGGGGGGGGACGGGGGUUAUGAAAGGCAGAUCUGGCGACUAAUUAGUACCUAAAGAUAGAAAAUACAGCAACUAAGUUAAUAAUCAAAGAAUGUUUUUUCUGUUGACAGACAAGCACGGUUGGAAAAGGAAGCUGCCGAACGGGUUGCAUCUGCAGCUUCCCAAAAGCCAAUAUGGCGUCCAAAACCAAAGAAGAAAAAGAAAAUUGACAAGAAGGGCUGGUAG